CACUGAACAGGCCCAUCAUCAUCGUCAUCAAUGAGUAACAACAAUUCAAUGUUUCCAAUUAGGGUUUUUGAACUCUCUCUCUCCUCUUUUAUCUUUCCUCCCCAAAUCCCCAAAAUAAACCAAAUUAAUCGAUCGAUCAACCUAUCUCCUUGUUAUGGCCCGGACCAGUAACAGGAAGAGGAUAAGGAGCGGGAGUCACCACGACGACCACCACCACCGCGACGCCAUAAAAAAACACCAUUUCCGCUCUCCUUCUUCCUCCUCCAGAGCUACAGCGGAGCAUCAAUCUUCAUAUUCUCCAAAACGCCCAAAUUUCCCUUCUUAUAUAGAUACUCCAAAUCUCCCUUCUAAAAUUAAGCUCCUUUGCGAACUCAUAGCCAACACUCCUUCCUCCGCUGUCGAAUCCGCAAUCACCGACGCUGGUGUUCGAGUUUCCCAGUCUGACGUUGAACAAGUCCUCAAGCUUUCCUACUCCUUCCCUGGACCUGCCGUCAAGUUUUUCCGUUGGUCCGGGUUUCAGCUUCAAGAUAAUCAUAGCCCUUAUUCUUGGAAUCUUGUUGUUGAUCUUUUAGGUAAGAAUUGUUUGUUUGAUGCAAUGUGGGAUGCAAUUAAGUCUAUGAAGCGAGAAGGGUUGGUUUCUUUAGCCACUUUUGCCUCUGUUUUUGGUAGUUAUGUUAUUGCUGGUCAAGUAAAAGAUGCUAUUAUGACAUUUGAAGUUAUGGAUCAAUAUGGAUGUAGCCGAGAUAUUGUUGCUUUGAAUUCAUUAUUGAGUGCUAUUUGUAGAGAUGGGAAAACCGAUGAUGCUCUUCAGUUUUUGCGUGUAGCCAAGAAUGCAAUUAGGCCUGAUGCCGAUACAUACGCAAUUUUGUUGGAAGGAUGUGAAAAGGAAGGGAAUGUACUUGAUGCUAGAGAAACUUUUAUGGAGCUGGUAAAUGAUAUUGGCUGGGAUCCUAGUAAUCUUCCAGCUUAUGAUACAUUUUUGUGUACUUUGCUUAUGGGCCGUGAAGGAUUGAAUGAGGCCAUUCAGUUUUUGCAGAUGAUGAAAGAUCGGAGUUGUUUUCCAGGAAUAAGAUUUUUUAGAGCAGCAUUACAAGAGUGCUUGAAGUUGAAUGAUAUUAAGAGAGCUACUUAUGUUUGGGAGGUGAUGGUGGAGAGAAAAGGGUUUAUGCCUGAUACGGAAUUGUAUAAUUUGAUGAUUGCUUUACAUUGUUAUACUUGUAAUACUGAUGUUGCAGAAAAGUUUUUGGAUGAGAUGGUUUAUAAUGGUGCGUUUCCCGAUAGGCAAACAUAUGAUGUUUUGUUUCAAUUCUUGAUUAAGGGUAGGAAGUUGAAGGCAGCAUCAGCGGUGUUCAAUGAGAUGAUUAAAAACGAGUACGUUCCUAAUCAAGCAAAUUGUAGCGCAGCAGUUAGGGUGUAUAUGCAUUCGCAGGAUCCUUGCAUGGCAAUCAAAAUUUGGAAAUGCAUGGUGGAGAAUUAUGAAUCAGACUUGGAAGAGACAGGGAAUUUGUUGGUUUCUGAGCUUUGUGAUCUCCACAUGGAUCCCGAAGCACUAAAAUACACUGAGGGUAUGGUUGAAAAAGGAAUCAGGGUUACCUCUUCCUCAUUGGCAAAAUUGAAACAAAGACUUAUUCGGGGAAGAAAGGAAUUUGUAUACGAAGCACUUGUACAAAAAUUAAAAGCUCACUAGGUAGGCUAGGUCUUUAACAAAUCUAAACAUCACUAACAGAGUAAAAUGCUUACAUUGAUAUCACAAUAUUAGUAUAUAUAACUUUUGCAUUUUUUACUGGAUAUCUUUUUUGAA